UCUCCUUUACCAUCUCUGAAAUUCGAGAGUCAGAGGAAGAUCCCCGCAAAGAGAUAGAGACAUGGCCUCCACUCGUGUCGACUCCGUCUUGCAUAAUCUGGAGUUGCUCCACAACAACCUCGAAAAACGUGAUUCGUUUGAAACUGGAUUUUCCAACCUGCGUGAAGAUUUUGAGGCUCUCAAGCUGAAUCUGCUGUUCCUGAAACCAGUUCUUCUGUGUGCAAGAAACUGGAGCAGCGACCAAUUGAAGGUAAGGCUUCGAGCUUUCUUGUCUAAGAUUGAAGCUCCUGUAAACAGAUCUGGGAUGGAUAUAAACUCCCUCAAUCUUAGGUCAAAAAGUCCAUUCAAUUUGAAAAGCGUAGUCACAGCUUUGAAACCCGUCGUCUCUAAUUUGCUGGGAAACAUCAAGUCCUUUAAGCAAGAUAUCAUCGACAUAUACGAUACCUUGUCGAGCUGCAGCUCAUCAGAGUCCGGUUCCUGCUUAAGAGACUGUGAACUCGUGGACUUCAUAGACUCCGUUCUACAGAAUCUGAUCGAUCUUCUCAGCCGUCGGUAUUUUGAGUCCAUGGAAGAUUACAACAGUGCUUUGCACGCACAUAUUGAGGCCCUUGAAGACAAGCUUACAUUCUUGAAAAAUUUCAUUGGCUUUGCCAAAUUUCUGGGUGUUGAAGAACGUGAAUUGGGAGAUCUGUUGGCUCACGUUCAAGUUGUGGCUCUAAAUGCCGCACGCCUCUCUUACAAGUGUUUGUUUUACAAGGAAGAUGAAGAGAUGCAUGAUCCCAGGAUGUGCUCCAUAAUCAGUGAACUACUGGAGAAGAUUAACCCCGUUGACCUCCAAGUUUAUGAGACAUAUGUCAAAGUCCUUAAAGCUCCGAAAUCCCCAGAAUCAUUGCUUACAACGCAGACAGGUAUGCAAAUACUGAAGGAUUUUAAUGAUUCUCUCAUAAGUUGUCUUUGGGAGCUCCUAUGGUGCAGAACCAGCUUCGCAGUUUCUGUGAAAGAUCAAAUGAAAAGACUCUAUGAGGGACUGAGAUUUUUGAGAAGCAUUCUAAAUGAGGCGCAGGAGAAUAUGAAUGAGCUAAAUGAUAAAAUUGUAGCUGUUAUUAGUGAGGUAGGAAUUGUAAUUUUCUCACUCUUUCUGAAUGGAGUGAAAGAAGUCGAGGUUGAUUCCUUAGUGGUCGGAGAAUCUGCUGAUUCUUGUGCUAUGUUGGUUACUACCAACAACAGUGUUAAGCUCAUUGUGGAUCAAGUAAGCGGUUCAAGAAUCUCAGCAAGUCUUCCCCACUAUCAUAGCUUCAGAGGACAAGAAGUUCGCAAGACUACCCGUUUCAAGCCAUCAAGAGGUAGAGCACCAAUAACUCGUGAAAUUGUAGUUGGUCUCGAGGAUGAGGCACUAAAAGUGAUUAACAGACUCACAUCGGGAUGGCAACCAGAGUUGGAAGUUAUUCCCAUUGUGGGAAUGCCUGGACUUGGCAAGACCACUUUAGCUAAAAAAGUUUACAAUGAUCCCCGAGUUCAGGCUCACUUCCAUAUUUUGCUUUGGUGUACUGUUUCUCAAGAAUAUAACUUGAAAAAUCUACUAGUUCAAAUUUUGUCCUCUGUUGGUAUACAGGCUAGGGUGAAUGAAGAGCACAAAGUUCUGGAUGAAUAUGAUUUGGCACAAAAACUCAGGCAAAUGUUAUUGAAGAAUAGAUAUCUCGUUGUUUUAGAUGAUGUCUGGGACAUUGGGGUGUGGCAUGACUUGAGCAUUUCAUUCCCUGACAAUAGGACUGGAAGUCAAAUCCUAAUUACAACUCGAGAAUCUAGCGUCGCUUCAGGGAUUAGAUUUGGUGGGGAACCUCACAAUCUUCGUGAACUUACCAAAGAAGAGAGUUGGGAAUUAUUGCAGAAGAAGGUGUUUGGAGAAGCAGAUUGUCCUCAACCACUACGCAUGCUUGGGGAGCAAAUAGCAAGAAAUUGCAAGGGAUUGCCUCUUACCAUAGUCAUCAUAGCUGGAAUUUUGUCAACUAUAGAGGAUGAGGCUUGGAGUGACGUUGCAGAUAGAUUAACUUCAGCCAUUGUGUAUGACCAGUGCAAGUAUACAUUGGAGCUGAGUUACAUGAACUUACCACAUCAUUUGAUACCAUGCUUUCUGUACUUUGGAGCAUUUAGAGAAGAUCAAGAAAUUGAAACUGAGAAGUUGACGAGGCUAUGGAUAGCCGAAGGCUUUGUAUCUGUUGAAGAGCCUGUGCAAGAUACAGAGCCAAAGAGAUUAGAGGAUUUAGCAGAAGAAUACAUGAUGGAUCUUAUUGGCAGAAACCUAGUCAUGGUUGCCAAACAAGGACAUACUGGUGGAGUCAAAACUUGUCGCAUUCAUGAUCUAUUACACGAGUUUUGUAAGGACAGAGCCAAACAAGAAAAUUUCCUACAGGUGUUGCGUGGCUACGGUGAACUUUCCACUUUUAAUGAGCGCCCCUACCUCGAGAGGUUGUCCAUUUGGUCCAAGGUAGAGCAGUUUAAGAAGUCAAGGCUAUUCUGUCCACAACUAUGCAGUCUGCUAUUGUUUAGUCAGAUUGAAGAGUCUGAUUCAUUCAUGGCUGAUAUGUCAUUUGUCUUUGGCAUCUACAAAAAACUUCGAGUGUUGGAUUUGGAGCAAAUUUUUCUGCGGCAUAAGGUUUUUCCUAGAGAAGUAGAAGCUCUUGUUGAGCUGAGAUACUUGGGUGUUCAGGGUGCAAUGAGUUCCAUUCCCUCCACAAUUGACAAGCUCUCCAACUUAGAAACUUUUGUUGUGAUUGCUGAAUCUGGUACUGUUUCAUUCCCAGAUACCAUAUGGAACAUGACCAAGUUGAGGCAUCUACAUGUGGUGGGCUGGAACGUUAGUUGUUCUUUGCCGAGUGAAAAUCUUGAAAACACCUCUGACCUCUGGAAUUUAGACACUCUUUCCACCUUGACUGUGACUUUGGACGACAGAGCGGCAAAUAUAAUGAGAAAGGUUCCGAAUGUCCGCCAACUGAAGAUCCAGCUCUCAGCGGCAGAGUGCUCUGUGGGAUGCUGCAACUUAAGUCACCUUUCAAGUCUAGAAGCACUCGAAGUGUCGGCGGAGUCGUUGCCAUCGAAUCCUGUUGAGUUUUCUUUCCCGCUAAAACUAAAAGAGUUGGUCCUUGGAGGAUUGUAUCUGCCCUGGAGUAAAAUUUCAGUGAUUCAGGAACUACCCGACCUUGAGGUCCUUAUAUUACUCGGCGAGUCAUUUGUCGGAGAAAGAUGGGACCUAACACCAAGAGGGUUCCCUAAACUCAGGUGCUUGAGUUUGGAAAACUUGGAUGUCGCCGAAUGGGAAGGAGCAACAGAUGAUGAUGUUGUCUUUCCGCAUCUUGAGAAAUUAAGGUUGAGUGGGGUUUUGGAAUUGAAAGAGGUCCCUUCCUGUUUAGGGCAGAGUUCAUCUCUUGAGGAGAUUGAAGUGCGCGACUGUAAUGACUCUCUUAAGGAGUCGGUACGCGAAAUUGAGGAAGAGCAGAAGUCCAAUGGAUAUGCGGAUCUGAAGAUCAUUAUCGACUAGCCAGAAAUCUUUAGGGCAGAUUCCAUGUCAAAUGUUGAGAGGUUUAUGUGCUUGAAUAAAAAGUGGCUAAUGAAUAAAAAGGUUUGCUGUUGCUGUGGAAGAAGAAAGCAGUUGAUGGUUCAAAAGUAGACCUCACGACCAAAUAUUUUGCCAUUGCUGCGGAAGAGAAGAAAGCAGCUGAAGAAGCAAAACUUUUGCCUGUGUUUUUGUGUGCCUUUUUGUUUCGAACUGUGUAUAAAUUUUAGGGAAUUGGGAGGGUUUUGAGCUCCACUGUUUAUUAUUAUUCAACAAAAAAAUUCCACAAAAAGGAAAAAAAAAUUGUGUUCGACUUUGAAACACU